UCCUCACUCGGCUCAUUGCGAGCGCGAGGGACGGCCGCGGCGGAGACCGAUGGUGUACGUCUCCGCUCAUCUCCCCUCCUCUUUCUCCUUCGGUACCGCCUCAAACCCUAGACGGGACCUAUCUCCUUCUUCUUCCUCCUCUUCUUGGAUUGAACUUGCGGUGAGCCGGAAAAUCGCUCCUUUUCCUCGCCGUGGGGAUCCAAGUGGCUGUCCCGGUCUCCGUUUGUGCUCUCCCAAGGCAGAAGUGCCCGCCCGAAGAGCAGAGACGUUUGAUCCAGAACUGAGGUUGGUGCUUGAACUCGCGACGGAUGCUGAACUAAUUGAGCUAGAGCACAUUCUGUUCGGACCGAGCUUCUUCAGCCCAUUAUUAAAAUCUAUCACAAGCAAACGAGAUGCUGAUUUCACUGUGAAUGGUGAAUAUAUUGAAGAACGAGAAGAUUUUAUAGAACACCUAGAGUCACAAUUCUUGUACCUUGCAGCAGAUGCUCGGGCAACAUUAAGGGGUUGGAGACCUUCCUACAGAAAUAUCUUACUUGGAGUUAGAAAAAAACUUGGCAUUCCUUGCUCAAGUAAAUUGUCAACAGAGGACCUUGAAGUAGAAAUUUUUCUCCACUUGCUGAGUGAAUAUUCAAGUGAGGAGAUUCAUCCUGUUUCUCUUCCAUCAGUUGGCAAAAAACUCUCGAACAGCCAUGGAAGUCUUGAAGUUGGACUAAGUCAAUGGAAGGUCCUUGCUCUUGGGGCACUGAGAGGUGGGGCAAAGGAGCUUCAACAUGCAGUCAUGAAGGGAUGUGGAAUGUUAACUGUGACAAGGAUAUAUCAGUUGUUGGCCAGGAAAUUUUCUGGUAAGAUGCUUUUGGAGGCUGCCAACUAUGAGAUAAAGCAUGAGAUAAUUAAGCGGGGUGGACAAUUGGCUGCUAUCAACCUGGAGUCAAAAGCAGCUGAGCUUGCUGCAAGACAGGGUUUGGCUCAUGCUGCAUCAAGAUAUCUUGGACUUAGAAGCGUGAUGAUGAUCCUAGGACCAGUGAUGUGGGGGACAUUUCUGGCAGAUGUGGUGAUUCAAAUGCUGGGGACUGAUUAUGCCCGAAUUCUGCGAGCAAUUUAUGCAUUUGCCCAGAUUCGGCUUACUCGAACAUAUGGCUGGCGAUCUAUCGAGGAUUGACAGCAAACCCAUUUCUUGCAUCUGUACAUAACGUCAUCGUAACCUGCAAAGUAAGCUCUCGCAUAGAUUGAAGGAAUCCACCAUAUUGCUACUACUAUCGGACAGCAUCCAGCAUAGGAGCAUUUGCAUCUUCAGCUAAAUGACCCUUUAAGCUGGUCUUUCAUGUGAGAUCCGAGUAAGCUGCCUUUUUUAAGAUACCAUUAUGUUGUUCCUCUCCAUGACAGACAUCUACUGUGUCAUUCUUGUAUAUUUGGCAAAAUCGCAUUAAGCUUUUUUCUCUCCGAUGA